AUGGCUUCCAUGUCGAGAGCGACUGCCUACCGUCGCAUCAGCCACGCCGUGCAGGCCGAUGUGCACGCAAUAUUGGCAGCUGCUGGCGAGCAUAUUAACGCAGGGAAUAUUUCUGGUGUCGCUUCCGCCUCCUUUCGGCCAGUGGAAGUUCCCGAACCAUCUCCGAACCUUUCGCUUGGCCAAGUUGCGAGUCGCGGCAUUGGUGGCGGGGCGCAGGAAGUUUGCGAUGUGGACCAGACUGGUGACAGCAGUCAUAGUGAUCACAGCUUGCCCGUGGAACCCGAAAACUUGCUUGACAGGCGCCACAGAAGCCUUACGCAGCAGGAUGCCCCAUUCGUGUGUGACCUGAAAAGCGUGCUCCAAGAAGGCCUGACACUAGGAGGUGACCCCUUUGUCGUGGUGUCUUUUCCUGAAGAGGAGGACAGCUUGGCCAUCAUUCACAAGUCAUGGCUGAAAGAAGACCACCGCUCUACAUUUUGGCCAAUAGAAAGAAACCCUGGAAAACGGCGAAAACUAACGAUGCAAGGCGCUAAACCAACAGGGUCCUGGAUUGAAGUGCAGUGCAUCGUCAAACGCUGGGCUAAUACCUAUGAGAAGGCACAAGACAAGCUUAAUUCCCUCCAGUACUCAUCUGACACUAACAGUGAAAGAGAAUUGGGACGGGGCAAAAGGAAGCGGCAACGUGCGAUGCGUUUUGGAGAUGACGAGGACAACAGCAGCACAGACUACGGUGACAGUGAUGAAUACGUCCAACCAAGGGCACCGACACCACCUCAACCAUUAUCCACAGGUAAGGCUGAGGUUGUCACCAUGCUAUUAAUUAGAAAUACCAUCAUCUAUGCCUUUCGAGAGAAGGCAGUAUAUGGAAGCACAAGUGCCUGCUACAAGGUCACACACGAAUACACAUGUGCUCGGUAUGUAAUUCAUAUGCAAUGUUAUAUGUUCUUAAUGUUGCUGCAGUUCGGUGUUUGCUUUUUGCUUAUGCAUUCUGCGGCGAGGUUGAGCGUAAACCAUGGCGUCUUUGUUUUAGAUGCUUUGCACAGGUCGGAAGCUGCCAGCUCAUUCACAGAAUUGCAAACUCGUGGCUCAUCGAAUAUACCAGUAUCUGCGUCCCUUGCUGGAGUUACAAGGCCACACACGGAACCACACGUACUUGAUGCUUUAUGCAGGCCUCCUCCGCCCCACGCUGAAGUUGCCAGCUUCACAGAGUUGCAACCUCUUGAUUCAUCGUACAGGCCAGUAUCCACAUGUGUGACUGGAACUACAAGGUUGCACGCAGACCCACAAGUGCUCGCCUUCAUGGAAAGGAUAUUACAAAUACUGAAUGGUAUUAAGCAGACCCAGCAGGCCCAUUCACAAUAUCUUAAUGAGCUGCUCAGCAAUGCAGACAGUGCUCCGUCGCACCCUUGUCACCUCCCAGAGUUGCCUUUUUCGGAUGUGGCAGACGUGCUCGACUAUGAGAAAAAACUACAGACAGACAAACAAGCUCAACAUCAGAUGAAGAAGCACAUGGCUGUCCAAGGAGGGGACUCAACAAAACAGAAAACAACACGCAUACUACAGUCCCUCCUGAGCUGGAAUGCUGCAAUCAGCUUCAGCUGGUUUGGUGCGAAGGGGAAAAAAAAAUUCUCCGAGCUGCAUCUGUGCAAGCUUAUGUGUGGCACAUUGACUAAUGACGCAAGACACCCAGAUGCCACGCUAAAGGAUGUCGAGAGGGCCGCCAUGACGUGGUUCCGCCAUGCUGCCGAGCGGCUUGCUGCGCAACAAACAUAAUUGUUUUCAACGUCAAGUAUGAUCCUGCUAAAAGUCAGUUUCUGGUUGCAGAUUUUCUGCAUUGCUUGUAUGAACAUUUGUUUUCUUUUUUCACCAGUGUUUCGUUCCUUCUUUUCUUAUUAGUUAUGUUCGCCACAUUCAGUUCCAUCAUUUUUUUAUGUGUUGUUUCCUGUGCCUAACUGAAAUUCUUAUUUCCUGAAACUGAAUUUCUUUACUGUUACACACAGCCUGCGCUGCCUGCUUAACACUCUUCUAUAGUAGUGUGGAAUUAAGAGCUAAGAGAGCACAAUUAACAGUAAUUAACUAUUGGUGCAACUGGGCACACUAUUGUACAAUGUUUAAAAAGUGCACAGCAACAUACACAGAAGCACCUUAGCAAGUAAAUACAACUUUGAUUCUGCACUAUUAGAUGGGAGUUAAGCAGGCUGUGCAGGCUGUGUGCGCCAAUAAAGAAAUUAGGUUUCAGGAAAUCAAAAUUUCAGUUAAGCACAGGAAACAACAGAGCAGAAAUAAAAUGAUUAUUUUAAACUUUGUAUAAAUAGUUCCUGUGAGGAGAAUGUUUUAAUUAUAUGUGUUCAUUUUAUACAUGGGAUGUGUGCAAUAAAAAU